UUUUAUGAGGAAAAGUUACAAUGUGAUGAUUCAUUAUGUAAUAUACGUAUGUUAGAUAAUUCUUAUAAGGCUAUUAUAUUAAAUAUUACUUUGAAUGUAUCUUCAUCGACUGAUCAUUUGGCUGUAAGAUUUAAUUUUGUUUUUCCAGAAAUGAAUGUUAAAAUUCCUCCACGUUUGAGAUUUAAUAUGCACCCAUUUAACAGAGGACAGUUAGUUAUACUAAACUUUUCUGCUGUUAUCAGAAGAACAUAUAAUUCUUUGUGGACUAAAAUAUUUGGAUUUGAGCCAGAAUUAGAAGAAGCAAUUAUUAAUACUGAAAUAAAAGAACUUCAACAAACUUUAAAUUCCCAAUAUACUAUUUUGGUAUUGCAACCAAAAGACAAUAUUACAUAUUACGAAAAUUAUAUUUCUCGCCGUAAUAUUGGUUCCAUUGUCUCAAAUACUGGCGGUCUUUAUGGUGCACUUAUCGGAAUAUAUAUUCUACUUUUCGGAUCUAUAAAGCUUUCUCCUUGGGGUAUUGUACAAAAAUAUACAUGCUGUUGGAAUCUUCGUGAAGAUUACAUGCAUCGAUUAAUGAAACGAUAUGUUUCUAAAGCUGGGAUUCCUUUGGUUGAAAAUCCAUCUAAAUUGCCUCCAAAUGCCACCAUCGAAAAUAGAAUUGCGGCAUUAGAAACAUUAAUGAGAGAAUUUUUCUUGGAUGAUAGUUCUUUAGUAAAAUUAAAAGAAAUACAUACAAGAUGCAUUAGAUACCAAGAUAGAAAUAAUGCCUUGAUGAGAGAUGAUUCGUUACAGAAUGAUAUUUUUAUAAAUGUCAAUGAGAAUGAUGUCUUGAUGAAUGAUAGUACAUUUCAGAAUGAUGUUGCUAUAAAUGGUAAUGAAAACGACACGCUAAUGAAAGAUGGCAUUUCACAAUAA